AUGAAAAGAUAUCUGUUCUGGAUAAAAGCAUGGCAGAUAUUGAUGUUGGCGGCGAAAUCGGUCGAUGCCUGGGUCUACUUGACCAUGCCUCCUGGAUCAAAUAAUAGACUCAACGAAAGUACCGCGGAAAAUAAGAAUCCGGAAAGACUCUUCAAAUCGAACAAUCACCGCCGCGGUGGCUAUAACAAGCCAGACGCGACAAAAAACGCGAACGAGAAAGAAUACAUUCCUCAAUUCCUGUCUGGCUCGUAUUUGCCCAUUGAAUGGGGUCAAGUAAACGGAUGCAAAGAUUGCGAGGUCAUAAUUCAAGGCAUGUGCGGCGAUCAUUUGAAAAAUGGCGAAACGACUGAAAACUUUCUUUUCAAAGCGCCUGCAAAUCGCGCUGAAGAAUCAAACCUGCUAAAAGAACAGCUUCAAAAUGAUCGCUACGGCCAACAUGAAGAUAUCAGUCAUUUUCUUCGCUGCUCCAUGGCUGAAAAAACAUCAGGAAGCCAAUACGGCUUUGAGUGCGAAGGUGAGCGAAAAGAGUUUCAAUUCGGUUUUUACUCCGGCUGGUUCGACAUUUUUCAUUUGACAAACUCCGGCAAGUGCGAAGAAAGUCCCCAAACAAAGCCUCUUUGCGUUGAAAAUCAUGACGGAAAAUUCUUCUAUCGAAUGAAAAAUGAGUCUUGCGAUGGCGAAAUCUACGACUUUUACUCCCCUGUCGAAGUUCUACCCGAUUCUAAUGAUUGCGAGGGACCUCAUCAAGUCCACGGCUACUACCUGACGAGUGAACUGAUUGCCUCGCAAGAAAAACCUCAGAAGAAGUGUCUGCAACUUCAUCCUCCAAAGCGAUGUUCAAGGAAUUUUAAAACUACUCCUGGAAUCUUGGGGAACUCACUUUCCGGGCAGUUGCCAAGUGUUACCUGGCAAUUGCCAAGUGUACAGAAAAAAACUGUUUCUUGUGUUGUUCGUCUCAGGUACAAAAUUCACAUCUUUGAAGACUUUGGCCCAGACUCUUCCCGCGAAGAAAUCUUCCAAGAUCGUUCUCACGUCUUCCAAAUUAUCCCCCGUCCUUCGGAAAUCCUCCCUUCAGAAAGGGUUUACAAUCUAAACGUCAGAGGCAAACGAGGAAACAUCGUACAAGUUUAUCCCGCGGUGGAAUACGAUUUCACGCCAAACGACUUGAAAGUGAUGAAAGACGACUUGAUCCACAUUCAGUGGUGGGGCUCCAACUCUCACAACAACAAGCCACCGGGGGCAAAUGGGCAAACAGGCGACGAUGGCCAGGGUAAAAGUGGAACGGACAGAAGUACCUUCACGCCAAUUUUGAGCGAAAGUCACAACUUUCCGAUUCCAUUCGAAAACUCCACAUUUUGGAAGGACGUUGAUUGGAUCUGGAGCUCGACUGAGCAUAAACCUGACCAGGGAACAAUCGAGGACUUGGCGAUCUACUUCGCGACUUCUGGCUAUUACGAUUGCCGAGAAAACUGCAAAAAGUCUCCAAAGACAAAUGAUGAUUUUGACCCCCAGAUGAACAAUUCUCCCGCUUCGAUAUCUGGACAUAUCAUUCGAAUGAAAGAGGCUAAUAAUUACCAUUAUAUGAGCUCAAGAAACAACAACUUCAGCAAUCGAAGUCAAAAGGGCAAAAUUACUGUCCUCUAA